ACUCCUAAAACCCUAGCCCCUUCUCUGUGGCUGAUCACCAAAGAAGAGGCAGAGGUAGCGGCCUGAAAACACGCAAUAACUGAAAAGGGAAGUACGCUUAAGUCAAUGAGUGCGAAGGGAGACUCUACAGAAAAGCUCAAGGGAGUACAGAUUUCCUCGCUUGAUGAAGACGAUGAGGUUGAAGAAGUCGUUGAAGAAGAAGAAGAAGAAGGUGACGAUAGUGAAGAAGAAGAAGAACCAGUAACACUAGGUUUCUUGGAAAAGACAAAGAAUUGUUGGUCUCUUUUGCGGCAAGUAUUUCCUAGCAAGGCUGGUGGCGUGCCGGCAUGGCUGGAUCCUGUUAAUUUACCAUCCGGAAGGUCUUGUGUUUGUGAUAUAUGUGAAGAACCUUUACAGUUUUUGCUUCAGGUAUAUGCACCAAUAACAGAGAAGGAAUCAACAUUUCAUCGAACAUUGUUUGUGUUCAUGUGCCCUUCAAUGUCCUGUCUUCAUAGAGAUCAACAUGAGCAAUGGAAGCGCAGUCCAGAAAAACCAUCUCGAAGUGUGAAGGUUUUUCGUUGUCAAUUACCUUGCUCUAAUCCUUUUUACUCAAGUGAGCCUCCAAGAAACGAUGGAACUGAUAAACCGUCUGGAUCUGGGGUUUCGCUUUGUAACUGGUGUGGUACCUGGAAAGGAGAUAAAGUUUGUAGUGGUUGCAAAAGAACAAAAUACUGCUCCCAUAAACACCAGGUUUUGCACUGGCACUCAGGUCACAAAAUUGAUUGUCAACAGUUGAGCCUUUCGGUUGACUCAAGUUCCAGUAAGAAUGGAACCACUUCGGCAGAGAUCAUUAAAGUUGUUAGCAAUGCCUUGUGGCCAGAGUAUGAGAUGAUAAAUGAUGAUGAAAGUGAAUAUGAUGCUGAUAUGUCUGAUGAUAACAUACCCACUCAUUCAUUGGUGUCUAGGAACAAAAUGGACAACACAAUGAAUUCGUUGUUGGACAUUUUUGAGGGCAAUAGUGACAAAAAGUGCUGGGCGUCUUUCCAACAGCGCAUAGCCAAAGCGCCCGAACAAGUGUUAAGGUAUUGUAGGAAUGCUAGUGCAAAACCCCUAUGGCCUCUGUCAAGUGGUCAGCCAUCUAAGACUGACAUCCCUAACUGCAGUUACUGUGGUGGUCCUUCAGAUUUUGAGUUUCAGAUCUUACCUCAGCUACUUUACUACUUCGGUGUGAAGAAUGAUGCGGAUUCUCUUGAUUGGGCAACCAUUGUCGUGUACACCUGCAAAUCCUCUUGUGAGGCUAGCAUGGCUUACAAAGAAGAAUUUCCUUGGGUUCAGCUCUACCCAACAUCUGCAACUUGACGGUGGUAGUUCUACUCUCACAUGUUGACGAGCGUCCUUCAUUUCUUUUCUCCAUUAAUCCUUUUCCGGCAGUUAGCUCUGUUAAAUUGAGUGGUAGAAAAGUCUUGUCUAGUUCUUAGCUCUUGAUAUUGUGUGUUUGACAAAAAUGAAAUAUUUUUUUAUUUAAAAUUAAUUAUUUUUAUAUUUUUA